GUGAUGUCAUCCUGACAAGUGCAUAACCCCGCCUCCUGUCUGACGUCAUGCACUGGAGGAGGAGCGCAGCCCUAAGGAAGGAAACAACAUGCCGCAUGAAACAAAACUGUAUCAAGACAUCCCUGCAAGUCGCUGGCCGAUUGUAUAUUCCAGUGAUUAUAACAUCACAUUUAUUGGACUCGAGAAGCUUCAUCCGUUUGACUCUGGCAAAUGGGGAAAAAUUAUCAAUUUUCUCAGGGAUGAGAAGUUAAUCACAGAUGAUGCAAUUGUAACUGCUAAGGAAGCAGCAGAGGAUGACUUACUGGUUGUACAUACCAGACGCUACUUAAGCAAAUUAAAGUGGUCAUUUGUGGUUGCUUCCAUAACUGAGAUCCCACCACUGGUCCUGCUUCCCAACUUCCUAGUUCAAAGAAGAGUAUUGAAACCAUUGAGGACGCAGACAGGAGGCACCAUAAUGGCUGGAAAACUGGCUAUUGAAAGAGGAUGGGCAAUCAAUGUUGGUGGAGGCUUCCAUCAUUGUUCCAGUGACAAAGGUGGAGGAUUUUGUGCAUAUGCUGAUAUAACAUUAGCUAUCAAGUUCUUAUUUGAACGUGUUGAAGGUGUUUCCAAGGCAACCAUAAUUGACCUGGAUGCUCAUCAGGGUAAUGGGCAUGAACGAGAUUUCAUGGAUGAUAAAAGGGUGUACAUCAUGGACAUUUACAAUCGGCACAUAUACCCUGGAGAUGCACUUGCAAAAAGUGCAAUAAAAAGGAGAAUAGAGCUGGACUGGGGCACAGAAGACGAGGAAUAUUUGGAAAAAGUAGAAACUCAUGUAAAAGGGGCACUGAAUGAGACCACUCCUGAUGUGAUCGUCUACAACGCAGGGACAGAUAUUCUGGAUGGAGAUCCACUUGGAGGACUCUCAAUUUCUCCUCAAGGAAUUAUAAAGAGAGAUGAAAUUGUGUUCAGCAUUGCCAGAAGCCGAUCCAUCCCAAUUCUGAUGGUCACCUCAGGAGGAUACCAAAAGCGGACAGCGCGGAUAAUUGCAGAUUCCAUAAUCAAUUUGCACAACCUUGGCCUUAUUUCUAAUUCUCAGUCAAAUUAAGCCAGGAUAUGAUCAUUGAAUUUGAAAGCUGGACUAAUAUUUAAUUUAAUUAUUACUCGGUGUGGCAAUAAUUUACAUUUUGUUGAAAAAUGUUAUAUGUGAAUCUAAAAUACUGUGUAUUUAUUUUGGUGGGGAAUUCUGAGAGCACUUUUUUUUUUUUUAUAUAUGAAUUUUUCCUGACGUUAAAGAGAAAAUCCACCUUAAAAACAUCUUCUGGCAUGAUGAGGUAUUGCAGGAAGUGUUUUAGAGGUUUCCAGUUAUAUGAACCUCCACUAUCUCUGAAUUGGUUUAGGCAGUUUACAAAGCACCGCAGCCCCUUUAAUUGUCCUUUCAAUGGCUUCUGUCGACAGUGCACUGUGACUUGUCAGAAGACGCAUUUAAGGGGAAUUUUCAGGUUUAGGCGUCAUUCCCAUCUUAAAGGGAACCUGUCACCUGGAUUUUGGGUAUAGAGCUGAGGACAUGGGUUGCUAGAUGGCCGCUAGCACAUCCGCAAUACCCAGUCCCCAUAGCUGAGAUAAG